GUCAUCCCUCGAUUCUCAACCUCAGUGUGGUGGUGGUGGUGGUAACCACAGAAGCAGAGUAGUCUGUGAAAAUGGCAGAUGAAGGGGACACCGGGCAGGAGACGCCCAUGGAUCUAGCUUCAUCACCAGAUAGCCCGCAAAAUGCCCGCCAACCUUUCGUGACUUUCAACGAGACCGUGCACCCGGCGGUGUCAGGCAUGGUCAGCCAGCUGUUCGGUCAGCAACCGCUGACCCUCAAAUUUGACAAAAACAUUAAACAGGCCUUUUACAACACAGGGGCUAUGAUCUUCGUUGCUAUAUGCUGUGGAGCUGCCGUGUUGGUUUAUUUCAUCUUGGAGGCCUUUCUACGCCCGCUUCUUUGGGCCGUUCUUUGUGGCACUUUUCUACACCCUUUCAAAUAUUCUCUAGCUCGAAUCGGUCGUUCAUGGCUCAAUGGCUUGCAAGAUACUGGGACGCCGAUAGUGUUGGGCACCUUGUUGCUUCCCGUGUGGUUCGUGAAUUACGGUGUAGAGACGCUGGGGGCUUUAGUCAUGGAACGUCUCAAGGUGCUGCUGGCGAUCGGGGCAGGGGUUCCUCUCCUCUGUUUUGUGUACUACUUCUGGAGCGUUAUUGGUAUGCAGGUGAUAAUCGGACACGCCUGUGCUAUCAUUAGCUACACGCUGGAUUACUUCAGUGCUAUGUGGGUUGGCACUCUCGUCCUGGGCUUUGUGCUGGCGGUGGCUUUCAAAUGGACCCCCGGAAUGGAGGGCUAUCUGCGGGCUAUGUCAGUGCCUGUGUGGAUCGCACUUCUGUUCUACAUGGUAUCUUUGACCGGGUCCUGGAGGGUUCCAGUCUUCGUGGUGGUGGCCAGUCUCCUCAUCAUCGGCUCCCUGCAGGAGAAACCGCAGGAGACGAGCCAGGGUGAGCUGUCAGGGCAGGUCCUCUCCUUCGCUGCCAACACCAUCUACAUGGCUAUCUCCUGCAGCAACUUCAGACUGGGCCCGGAGCAGCAGGACUCCACAGCGCCAUCUAAUGAGGCAGUUGACGCCCCUAGUGAGAGAACGCGACCGGAGUUUCGCAAGCUGCUGCACAAGGAGAAGGCGAGCGAUAUCUACUUCGUGCUGCUGGUGUGGGCCAUCGUCCUGGUGCAGAUCUGGCUCAACCUGUGGAUCCUGAAGCUACUACCCAUCCCCGUGGCUGUCUGGAUGCUGAAGAAGCUGGUGGUGCGAUUCGGCCUCAAGGACUUCGCAGGGAGGACCCUGGCCUCAUGGUGGGCCGUCAUUGUCCAGUUCUACCGGGAGCGGCAGGAGGCCCUUCUGCCUGGGCCUAUCAAAGGCCUGGCCCAGUUCCUGCACAGAGUGGACAUCAAGCUGUGGCAUUGGCUUAACAAGCAGAUGGUCGUUUGGUUGGAGCGUUCUCUUGACAAGCUCAUCAGCAUCUUCAUCAUCUUCCUGCUUGUGACGGGUACCUUGCUCAUGGCUCUGCUCCUAACUGCUAUGGUUCACCAUGAAAGCGUCCACAUCAUUGAAGUCACCAGUAACCUGAUCAAUGAGACCGUCUCUAACCACCCAGAGUGGGCCAACUGGCUUCCAGAGGCCCGUGUGGUCCAGAAUGCCCUCAACUCUGCUGCCACUAAUGUAUAUCAGCAUGGGAGAGAGUGGAUAACACAUAAGUUGCACAAGAUGCUGGGCGAUAAAGUUAACCACACCGCCGUCAUCGAGAAGCAGGUCCUAGAGCUCUGGGACCGGCUCUACCACUCCUGGUUCGUCAAGAACGCGACCCACACUGGCCGUCACCGAAUACUCAGGCUCCACCCGCACCGUCAGACCAGCUGGCUGGGGGACAUGCUGGACUGGCAGGACAUCGCCUCCUUUGUGCAGGAGAACAUCGAGACGCUGAUCUCGAUCCUGGAGUCCCUGUGGGUGGUGAUGAGCCGUAACGUGGGCCUGCUGAUCUCCACCACCACCACACUGCUCACCGUGCUCUUCCACAGCGGCACGGCCCUGCUCAACUUCGUCCUGUCUCUGGUGAUCUUUCUCACCACCCUCUUCUACCUGCUGAGCUCCAGUGGAGAGUACUAUAAGCCGGUCAAGUGGGUGAUCAGCCUGACACCCCUGUCCCAGUCCGGACCCUCUUCAAACAUCGUGGGCCAGUCUGUGGAAGAGGCCAUAAGAGGUGUGUUUGACGCCUCUCUGAAGAUGGCCGGGUUCUACGGCCUCUACACCUGGCUGACGCACACCAUUUUCGGCAUCAACAUCGUCUUCAUCCCCUCAGCCAUGGCGGCCAUUUUGGGUGCAGUGCCCUUCCUGGGCACGUACUGGGCGGCACUGCCGGCGGUGUUGGACCUGUGGCUGGCACAGGGCGAGAGCGUGAAGGCCGUGCUGCUACUCAUCUGCCACCUCCUGCCCACAUACUUUGUGGACACGGCCAUAUACUCUGACAUUUCAGGAGGCGGGCACCCUUACCUGACAGGCCUGGCGGUGGCCGGAGGAGCCUACUACCUGGGCCUGGAGGGGGCCAUCAUCGGACCCAUCCUGCUCUGCAUCCUGGUGGUGGCCUCCAACAUCUACAGUGCCAUGCUGAUGAGCCCCAGCAGUGCCCAGCCCACGCCUGUGACCACCACCUGGCCCCCGCACAUCUCCAGGUCGUUCCUGGACUCGCCCACCAUGCCAAAGAGGGAGACUGAGUGAGGGCAGCGUUGGCAUCCUAUUGGCUGUCUCUCUCUCUCUCUCGGCCUCAAUGAUUGGAGCCGGCGGUUGCCUCCGCUCGGUUGCCUCCACCGCCAAGGCUGUCGUGUUUUUCCCGUUUCUUUGCCACCGCCGGUUCCUCUGCCCACACCUCCACAGCCAAUGGGAAUCCCUCGCCGGAGAAGGGGCUGCGGCGCCCGGCUGCUUCCCGUGGUGUCCCCAGGCCUUCACCAGAACCUCCCGAUGGAAACCCCUGGAGCCACCUGCUCAACCCACAGACAUCGCAAAGCCUCUCAGAGCCGGUGUCUGCAUCGUCCCAGCAAGCAGGCCAGGAGCUCUGUGGCUACUUACCAAAAAGACUUGGUUGGGUUUUACUCCUAUACCGUGACGCUAUACAGGGUCCUUUUACAUUUUAAACCAGGGCCACCCAACCCUAGACCUGCAGGGCCACAGCUUUGCCGGGUUUUUACUUUCACCCUGUAAUCAGACCCUAGAAAGCAGGUGAGGCGAGUUAACUGUGUGACCAACUGCUACCAUUUAUCACUGCCCUCCAGGACCAGGGUUAAGGAGCCCUGCUUUAAACUGAACCACCUUCUGAUUUGCCAUACUUAAUGUGAUAUCGUGAUUUUAUUUUCAGCCAGUUUAAUUCAGACUGGGUGUAGCCUUCCAUGUUAUGGGUAUUAGAAUUAUUGCUAACAACCAAUGGUGUGCAUGUUAAGUAAUUAUCUGAAAUUAGCACUUUGAACACAAUAUCCUCCAUGUUGUAACAGAGUUGAUGCUCCUUGUGUGCCCGGUUAGGAACGGUAUGUUUGGCAGUGCAGGCAGAGACGGCCCGGGAGCACAGCUCAGAAGUGGAAAUAUUGGCUUUGCAUUCCCUAGGGGAGACACUGUCCUCCUUUCUUUGUCUACUGUAUAUAGUUUCAUAUCACUUAAUGUAUUUCGUAUGGCUGUUCUCUUUAUCUGUGUGUUCUCACAUAAUAUUAAUUUAAAGUUUUGCAAACUUUGUGUCUCACCUUGGCACACUCACCUGAAAGUUUGCCUUUUUGGCACUACAUUGGGAUAUGACUCUUCCGGUUUUAUUACACUUGCCCAGCUACUAAUAUGUGCUAAUGAUAUCAUUGGCUAGAUGCCUCAACUCAAUGGUUUACCUCAGUUCUCGUGGCCGGAUGUGCUUGUAGUGGGUUUAGUAGAUGGACUUCAGUCAUGUUUUCCUUUCUGGUGUUAGAAAUACACAAAAAGUGUGGUCAGUAGUUUACAUUUAAAUGUCACUCUUCCUAGAAGGCUUGCUGUAGGCUAUGUAUAGAAACACUAUGGAGUGGGUCUACAACAGAGUUGAAAAUGUUUGCUUCCUCUCAUGCUUAAUGCACAUGCGUAUAGUAUACUACUGAUAAACUACUAUCAGCAAAGAAACCACUGUUCUCAGUUCUCCUUUGAGGCUAUUGAAUCUGCUGUAUGGACAUUUUGUUACAUUUCUGUUUAUCAAACGCUUGCCCUCACAGGGCUGACUCAGCUAGAUGGUAUCACCAGUGUAGAGACCACAAACCAGGGCCACCUCCGGCAGUGUCUCUAAACGUGUCUCUAAACGUGUCUCUGCCCGCCGUCUCACUGCAGUUUUAGGGCACAGUCAGUGAGAGGGGCUUGGCUAGAGCUGAGCCAGCAAAUCAGCCUGGAGAUUUAUAGCACUUGCUCAUCCCAGAGACAGAGCGGUCACGUCCUUGUCCUAAAACUUGUUUCCCCCCUAGUUUUUAAAGGAGAAAAUAGCACGGGGUGGCUUUAUGAGGAAACGGACCGUUGGGAGAGCAUUGGUUUGGCGAUUAACGAUAUCAGUGUCGCUGCAGGCUGGGAAUCCCACUACAGUCCGAGAGGAGAGAGGUCUUGGGUCCGGUCGACCUCAGGCUGUUAGAAACGUGCGUCAUAUAUUGAAUGUGGCAUUCUGCUUUCUCUGCAAUUUUGUCAUCAGCAUUGUCGUUGACAAGUGAAUGUUUGUUACUCCUAAACCCAAGCCAUAUUGAAAUGGCUGUAGCCUUCAGAAAUCCAUGGUGCACCCUGGUGAGAGGGAAGGAUUACGGGCAGGCUUUGCCUCUCAUUGUGGAUCAGCCCGCUGUGUGAGCCACUUCCUGUUUUUAUCAUCGCUGGCCGUUCCUUUCGAAGCGUACUGCACGAUAAUCACAUCAUUUUUUGUGCAGUCACGGCUGCCGAUUUUAUCAACGACAUCUUUUUUUUUUUUUUUUUCAAGGGUGUCGAGACGGCCAUUUUCAGUCAGGGCCAUGACUUCUAAGUGAGCUGCCCCACAGUCGACGGAAAGCAGUAUUAACACUUUAGCUCGAACACUUCAUCGCUAUUCAUUCUACCUGCUCCCAUGUAGACUGAUUGUGCAUUCCCCUCACAUUCGGUGGCUGGAGUUGUGCGUUUACAGCCUGGCCUUGCUGCUUUCACUCAGAAGAGAGAAAAAGGAUCUCUGACUAUGAAAUAAAAUGGCAACCGGUCCGAUUCAGAUACUCAUUUAUUUAAUGUAUAAAUACAGCUGCUGUUUAUGCACUUUCAAAGUGUCAUUCUCUUUAAAAGCGAGUAUGUUAGUGUCUUUGAUACAUGCCCUUACCUAAUAUUUUUACACAGGUGUAAAAAAAAUGCGAUAAAGGAUCAUAAGAAUUAAACAGGAAAUGAGGUCAUCACCUUCAGCUCAUUACUCCUGGCAGUAACUUGAUACAAGCUGCAGUGAAGCUCCAGAACGAGAUGUCUGCUGUGUUUUAAGGGCCUUAACAGAUGGCCUGCCAACGGAUUUGAAUUCAAUUAUGCAAAGUGGCAUGUUUGGAACUAGGUGCCUGGAUAUUUAUCUUUUUUAUUGUUAUUAUUUUAGGAAUAAGACACCAUUCAAGGAUAACUUUAAACUAGAUCAUUAAGUUUCCUUACUGUAAAACUUUUGCUUGAAACUUUAGAUAAACGGACUUCUCCAUGUAGCCAAAGUGUGGCAAAGUGAAUUCAAUGCAGUAACAUUGAUAUGAUAACAUUUUGUCUACCAGGUUGAUCAGUCUUCAGCUGAGUAGCAUAUAAAGAUAAUCCAUGUUCGAUUUAAGUUUUAGUUAUACCUCUGCCACAGCCACUCAUCACAGCACUUUGAAAUAUGCUUCAAUAGGAACUGAAACUGUCCAGUCCAAUUAAUUUGUGCACAUCAGUAAUGUAUAAAUUGACACUGUUGAGUGGUUGAACUGUGACAAUCUCAUGAUUGAGAAAACGAGUGCUUUCCUUGUUUGAGGCAGUAUUCAGUAUUAAAUAGCUUGGUGUACUGUUGACUGUUAUCACAUGAAAAAAGUAAUGUAUUUUCUACUUAAAACACAUUAAGAGAAUAAAACUUUGGGAUACA